AAGAAAAUCAUUUUUUUUGCUUUGAGUUUCGGCCAUUACAAUUUAGUGAGAGAAAAUAUUAUUUUGGUUCCACAUAUAUCAUUUUGUGUAUAGAAAAUAUCUAUAAUAUUUUCUAAAUAUUAUUGGAAAUAUUUUCUAUAGAAAUAUACAAGAUUAUUGUUAUCCCAAAUUUUAAUCUUUAUAUUUUAUACUACUAUAAUCUUUACUAGCAUAAAGAUUGUGGUAGACUCCGGCGUUGUUCGUGUGUCAAAGUUGGAGACCGGACGCUUGAACGGUUACGUUUGCACUUUCAACGCUCUUCCUACGACUUCUUCGUUUUUACCGCUUACGAAGAAAGUCUUAUCUCAAUUACGUAUGGAUAAAUCGUGGAUGAAAUCCGAUAGAAGAAGUAGAGAGUAUGAACUAGGAGUGGAUGAAUUGUUAAGUAGGGCACAUCUUUUCCAACAUGGUAUUGAUGAAUCAUAUACAUGUUGGAUAUGGCAUGGAGAGCUAAAUCCAGAUGAUGAACCCCCUCACCCACACAAUAGACGUGUUCAUGACUCAUUUGACGAUGGAACAGAUGAAAACAACGAAGAAGAUGGUGAGGACAGGUCUUUUGAAUACUCUGAUUUCAUGAACCAUGUCCAAGGGGAUUCUGAACCUCUUUACCCGGGAUGCAACACCUACACUAAGCUGAAGGCACUAGUGAAAUUAUAUAACUUGAAGGCAAAGCAUGGGAUUUCUUACUCAUGCUUCUCUGAAAUUCUGCUUUUGCUGGGGACAUUUCUCCCAAAGGGCAACUGCCUGCCUUCGUCAUUUGGUGAAGCAAAGAAGACCUUAUGUGCUUUAGGGGGGAACAAGACCAGAGGGGAAUCGUACCGAAAUAACAGAGCAGCGGCUCUUACCGCUGCUAUUGAUGCAACCCACCGGCGGAGAGGCAGACGGCGGCCAAUGACGGCUCGCCGGCGUUCUACGAUGGCAGGUGGCGGCGGCGUCAGAAGCUCCGGCGACUAGUGGCAGUUCCUUCAAGCUCCAAUUUUCUUCAAUUUCUUCAUCUUCUUCAACAAUUGGUAACCCUAUAUUUGUCAAAAAAAUUUCUUCUCCAAUUUCUUUGUAAAAAUAUUGUUUCAAUUCAAAUUUACAUUUUUUUUGCUUGUUGUGUGAAUUUUGAAAAUUCCAAAAUGGUUGGUGUUCUUUUAUGGGUUUUUUUUAAUGUUUAUAUUAAAUCCCUUAUGAAUGAAAAUUGAUUCUUACUAGUUUCUUCAAUUUUUGCGCAAAUUGAUGUUAAAUUGGUUGAAUUAUAAAUUUGAUUUCAUAAGUAGGUUGAUAUGUUGAAUUUGGUUAUCAUUGAAGCUAAUUUAGCUACAUAUUUUAGUUAAGUGAUUCUUGAAUUCAUACGUGAAUCUUUUUUGUGACUUGUGUUUUGUAUAAUUUUAAGGUAAAUGAACUUCUUAGCCACAUAAGUUGAACGUUUUCCUUAAGAUUCGUUAUAGAGUGAUUGUUUAUGUCUUGGUGUUCUUGUUUGUUAUUUUCAUAAAAAUUGGAAUUGUUU